AUGUCUCUUAGCAACCAUCCGAAGGCCUACGGUUCAGCCGCAUUGGCGCUCGCCUUCGCAGCUGGUAUCCUCGUCACCUUAGGCUUCAAAGACUUUUACCCAGACCUCGAGCUCCGCUACCAGCGUCGCCGUACACGAAGACCAGGCACUAGCAGCUCAUCAACAGAUCCCUCGCGGCGUAGCAGCCUUUUCUGGGCACCUGUCCAGUUGGAAGAUCAUGAGUCCGCAUCUGAGGGGGAUGCGGACGGCACCACGCUGGGCGCCUGGAAUCCGCCCCUGAUAGCUGAUGGCGUCGCGGGCGCUAUCGGCAACACACCACUGAUUAAAAUCCGUUCACUCAGCGAGGCCACAGGACGUACUAUUCUUGCUAAAGCUGAAUUCUUAAAUGCUGCUGGUAACACACCUAAGGAUCGCGUUGCGCUGUCCAUGAUCGAGGCGGGUGAGGCCGCUGGCCUACUUGUUCCAGGCCGUGGUGACACUAUUUACGAGGGUACAGUUGGCAGCACAGGCAUCUCGCUGGCGACGCUCGCUCGUGCGAGGGGUUACCGCGCACAUAUCUGCAUGCCUAACGAUAUGGCAAUGGAGAAAGUUGAUCUGCUCCGUCACCUUGGUGCGACUGUCGAGCGUGUGCCACCUGCGCCUAUCGCCUCGCCAGAGCAUUUCGUUAAUCUUGCAAGGCGGCGCGCAGCUGAACACGCUGCCACGGCGGGUGAUGGCAGUGUGGGAUUCUUCGCAGAUCAGUUUGAGAGUCCCGCCAACUUCGCGGCUCAUCUCACUACAACGGGACCAGAGAUUAUGUACCAGACUGGCGGCAAUCUGGCUGCCUUUGUUGCAGGCGCAGGAACAGGCGGCACCAUUGCAGGUGUAGCAAAGUAUCUCAAGGAAGAGGCUCAAGUGCCGGGACUGCAGGUUGUGCUUGCAGAUCCUCAGGGCAGCGGACUGUACAACAAGAUUCGUCAUGGUGUCAUGUAUUCCAAUACCGAGAAGGAGGGCACACGGCGGCGUCAGCAGGUGGACACGAUCGUGGAGGGAAUUGGCAUCAACCGCAUCACGGAGAAUUUUGAGGCUGGCAGAGAACUUAUUGACAACGCGGUCAAGGUUACAGACGAACAGGCAUGCCGUAUGGCGCGAUGGCUGGUGGAAAACGAUGGCAUCUUCGCGGGUAGCAGCAGUGCUGUCAACUGCGUUGCAGCAUGUGUCGCGGCAACGAGACUCCCCGAGGGCAGCCAGGUGGUUACCAUCCUUUGUGACUCGGGCACACGACACCUCAGUAAGUUCUGGAAGCAUGUGGCGGAGAUGGGACUUGAAGAAGACGAGCACUCGGCGGACCUGUUUUCCGUACUAAAAAUUGAUACAUCCAAGAAAUAA